CGGGCGAGGUAGCCGGAGCGCGGCGGAGCUCCCGCAGCUCACAGCGGGGCGUGCUAGCUGCACUUGGCUCCGUGCGGCUCGGGCGGAGGGCUGAGCGCGCGUCCCGGGCAGGGGCUCCGGGGAAAGCGGCUGCCGCUUUCGAGUGCAGCCCGGCUCCCUGCCACUGCCCCAGCCGGGCCACCUCUUUGCCAUGGCUCUGGCGGACAGCACGCGAGGAUUACCCAACGGGGGCGGCGGCGGGGGCGGCAGCGGCUCCUCAUCGUCGUCCGCCGAGCCGCCGCUCUUCCCCGAUAUCGUGGAGCUGAACGUGGGGGGCCAGGUGUAUGUGACCCGGCGCUGCACGGUGGUGUCGGUGCCGGACUCGCUGCUCUGGCGGAUGUUCACGCAGCAGCAGCCGCAGGAGCUGGCCCGGGACAGCAAAGGCCGCUUCUUUCUGGACCGGGACGGCUUCCUCUUCCGCUACAUCCUGGAUUACCUGCGGGACUUGCAGCUCGUGCUGCCCGACUACUUCCCGGAGCGCAGCCGACUGCAGCGGGAGGCCGAGUACUUCGAGCUGCCCGAGCUCGUGCGCCGCCUCGGGGCGCCCCAGCAGCCCGGCCCGGGGCCGCCGCCACCGCACUCGCGGCGCGGGGUGCCCAAGGAGGGCUCGCUGGGCGAUGAGCUGCUGGCCCUGGGCUACGCGGAGCCCGAGCAGCAGGAGGGCGCCUCGGCCGGGGCGCCGUCGCCCACGCUGGAGCCGGCCAGCCGCAGCCCGUCCGGGGGCGCGGCGGGCCCGCUGCUCACGCCGUCCCAGUCGCUGGACGGCAGCCGGCGCUCGGGCUACAUCACCAUCGGCUACCGCGGCUCCUACACCAUCGGGCGGGACGCGCAGGCAGAUGCCAAGUUCCGGCGGGUGGCGCGCAUCACCGUGUGCGGCAAGACGUCCCUGGCCAAGGAGGUGUUCGGGGACACCCUGAACGAGAGCCGGGACCCUGACCGGCCACCGGAGCGCUACACCUCGCGUUAUUACCUCAAGUUCAACUUCCUGGAGCAGGCCUUCGACAAGCUGUCUGAGUCUGGCUUCCACAUGGUGGCCUGCAGUUCCACCGGUACCUGCGCCUUUGCCGGCAGCACCGACCAGAGCGAAGACAAGAUCUGGACCAGCUACACCGAGUACGUCUUCUGCAGGGAGUGAGCUCCCGGGACCCCUCGCUGCUCCGGCGCCCGCCCCCACCCCUCGGCGGGAGAGGAUCAGAGACCGCUCCCCACCCCUAACCUUUGCCCUGUCUCCCUUUGCCCCGAGGUCCCCAAUCCCCGGUCCCGGUCCGGCCCCAGACCGUUCCGCCGCCGACUCCCCCUCCCCCCUUCAGAAUCUGCAGCGGAAAAUCCAUCCUCUGGGCUUUUCUUCGGACUCGGCUAACCCAGGGGGCCCAGGCUUGUCCCAGUCCCCACCCCCACCCCCACCCAAUGCUUCCUCUUUUUACUGCCUCAAACCUCUCCUCCCCCAGAUUGUACUUCAAUCUGGAUCCACCGGGCCAGUGUGGUCACCAAGUCGGCACGAACGGGGGGGGUGGGGUGGGGAGGCGGGGAGAACCGAGGUGUUGGGAACCCGUUCGGACUGUGCAGUGCUGCGAAGAUUCCUGGAGAUCGCGAGCCCUUCUGACGCCUGUGUGGUGUGAGGGCGCAGAAUGGUGACCCCGCCUGGGGAGAGAGUUGGUGUCUUAACAGCUCACUGCCAUCUCUGACCCUCGGUGAAGCCGGAUUGAGGGCGUCGCUGAGGCACUUCGGCUGUACGGAGUGAGGUUUUGAAAAGCUGCAGGUGUAGACGUAGGAGCACCUGGUGCUCACAUGGUCAAGGGUCCUGUCUUUUCCCUACGGGAUACAGGGUCUUGAAACUUGGAGAGCGUGGAUCCUCCUGCCUGGCGAGGCGCCCUUUCAGUGCCAGGAGCCCUUGGUUCCCUGGGGUGACUUGGGAGCCCUUGGGGGCAAGAGGGAGAAGGGGUGUUGGUCUCCUAAGAAUUAGAACCGUGCGGGCCUCCGCUCCGUGGGGAGUGGUUACCUGGAAGCGAUUGUACACGCGACCGGGCCAGGAGACGCUCGUGGGCAUUAGCAGAACUGUAUUCUUGCAGUGAAUGGCAAUAGGACCUGUCUUAGAGCUAGGACUUUGGGG